AUGUCUUGCGAACGAAAGAAUCCCUGGAACAUCAUCAAAAACCCGGUCAACGGCAGAACAAGAAUCUCGCAGGCCUGCGACAGAUGCCGCAGCCGCAAAAUCAAGUGCUCGGGCAAAUCCGAAGACUCGCCUCGCUGCACCAACUGCGAGCGCGACGGCUUUCAGUGCGUCGUCAGCGACAAGCUCACCAGAAACAGCUUUCCCAAGGGCUACACCAAAAACCUGGAAAAGAAGCUGCUGGAAGUCGAGCUCGACAGAAACAAGCUGAUGCUUGAACUGCGCGAACUAAGGAAAAAAAGCGGGGACGAACACCUCACCGCAAAUAUGCACCCCUCCCGGGCGUCCCGGCCAGAGACCCCCUUGCUGGUGGAUGCCUCCGGCGUCCUUGUCAUCGACCAGAACCUUGUCUCGCCGCUGCAGAAGUACAUUGACCAGCUCCAGCUCAACAUUUUCAACGGGUACGAAAAACAGCCCUCCGCGGUUUCCGACUCGGAAUCCAAAAUGCUGGCCAACUACCACAUGAAUCUCAACCGGUACCUGAACCUCGUGCUGUACAAGCUUGUUUUCCCGCUGCUGGCAGACAAGGCCGAGCGCAGUCUCGACCACCUGAUCUGGCUUUUUUUCAACGACCUCAACAAGCUGAUUCCGGUGCUCGACUUUGAGCUGUUCUACAACGACUACCUCACUUUCAUCAACAAGUACACCCCGGAAAGCUCCACGUACAUCGAGAACGGCGAGAAAAAGAAGAAGUACCACGAGUUCCUGCCCAAAGAACAGGACUUUCUCGUGAAGCUCAUCCUCGUGCUCAAGUUUGCGCUGCCCACACCUCGCACCGUGGCCCAGUCGUCGAUCCUCAACAAGCAGUCGCUCAACCAGUUCGAGGAGGCCAUCAAGCUGAUCAACACGAAGAACCUCGCGUUCCUGUUCCGCAACAUCAACUUUGUCAUGGACCCUUCGCUCGACAAGUUCGAGGUGGCUCUGCUGAUGCUCUACUACCUGCUCAAGUUCGAAAACUACCACAUCAAAAAGGACGAGCGUCCGCCCGUCUCUUUCCUCAGAGACAUUCUCAACGUGUGCAUCUCGCUGUGCCGCGUGCUCACGCUCGACAGAGACGCCGAGCACGUGUGUUUCACGCCGGAGCUCGCCGAGACACAGAAAAUCCACAGGCUCAAGCUGUACUGGAGUCUGCACUCUCUGACCCGGCUUUUUGAGAUCUACUUCAACUUCAAGCUCGACCUGUUCGCUCACCAGCCGCAGUCUCUGGAAAGCGUGCGUCUGGCAGCCAAGGACCUCGACAUCACCAUAAAAUUCGUCGACCUGCUGGAUUUGGUGCCGCACAAUUUUAUGGAGCUCGGGGAGCAGGAGCUGCUCCAGUUCGACGCCCGGCUCGAACAGUGGAACACGCUCCACCAGAUGGCCACAGAGGAAAACGCCCUCGCCGUCAACAAGCUGAGAACCUACUACAACUACUUCAAGCUGCACAUCUGUCUGAGAACAGACAGCGCCGAGCUUGCUGCGCUGUGCGCCAGCGUGGUGCAGCUUGCCGGUGAGCUGGUGGAAGGCGAUCUCGAGAAACUCGCCCUCAACAGCUUCAACUUCCACCUCACCACCCUGCUGGCCCUCGUCAACGUGGCCAAGCUCGAGGACCGCCCUGCCGAGUACACCUCGCUUUGCUCGCUCUAUUCGCAACUGGUGUCCGGGAUGCACUGCGACCCGGCAAUCAUCCAGCUUGUCAAGCACAUCACCAACUCUGCCGGCUCCGACGACCUGUACACUUUCAACUACUACCUUGCACCUUCCUCGCUGUUCAGACGCAAGGACACAGACCUUUUCGACCUCUCUGCCUUCGAAACGCCCUCCGAAUACCGCUCGUUUGCUCCGUCAACGGAUCCCGACGUCGACAGGUCUGCCAAGCGCACCAAACGCACCACGUCGGGCUCGCCGCCUUCGCCGUCCUCCAGCGUCUUCUCGUCUGUGUCCAGGGCCUCCUCCAUCUCCUCCAACAGGCUGUCUGUCGGCUCUGCCGAUGCUCCGUCCUGUCUGUUCCCGUCUGCGUCGGCCCCGCUGCAGAAAGACGACCUGCUCGCGAAAAAGGAGCGCAGCGCUCUCUACGAGACUUUUAGCCAGUCGGUCACGGGCAACCUCAACAACGGGCUGAGAAAGCUGCGCCGCGAGGGCCGCAGCCGGUCGAAAUCGGUUGUCGAAAAUUCCAAGAGCCACUACGAUUUCGUCAAGCCAGAGUCGCUCAUGCUCAACGACUUCAAGUUCGAGCUCAACGACCAGCUCGUCGAAAUGGACCAGGUGGACCUCGCCCCUACGGACACGCUUGAGCAGUUUAGCAAUCUUGAGACCAAACUCGAGAGCGUCGACGUGCUCAACACCACAGACAGGAAAAGGUCUGCCUCGUUCAGGGACGACGACGACCUCACGAAGCUCAAGGAAAAGGUUCUUAACAUGAAGUAUGCAACCACAUAA